AUGGAACCAGCGCAUCAUGGACGCCGUCUGAUCGACGUCUCAGAGCUUCAAGCAGCCUUCGACUCACGCAUCAUAAUUGAGCCACCUCCACGUCGUGAUGUAAGUCUUUUUAGUUGAAUUUUUGAUGGGUUUAGGUAAUGUUCACCACAGUAUUGCGUUGAAUUACACAUUGACUUUGGUGACUGAGAAUCUGAAGCUUUUCGGACAUGUUUGGAUGAGAUUUUGACGGAUUUUUAUGUUAUACUUGGCAUCUGAAAGUUUCGGAUGUCAAAUAUCUCCAGAUUGCUCAAAAUUGAUUAAAAUUUUGCUGAAGAGCUAAAGGAAGGUGUAGUUAGUUAGAUAAUAACAUUUUUCUCCAUAUUCGGGCAGUGUUUUAUGCACCUUCGGUCAAAAGUUUUGAUGCUCAUGGAUAAUGUCGCAAAAGCGUUUAAUGGACAAAAUUCCGAUCGAACCGUAUCAAAACUGUUUCUAUACCUUCUUAGCCACGUUUUGCGGCCAGAAGCGGGCAGGAAAACAUAGCAUUCCCUACAUCUGCACCUUAUUUCAGCCAGACCACCAGAAUAAAUACGAUGUCCGCAGAUUGCCUUGGAGCCAACCGCCGAACCGUCGAGUGACCUUCAGCCCCGAGCUGGUGCUAGAAGAAACUGACGCCGUGCAAGAGAACGAAGAAUCUGCAGAAAAUUCGGAACCUCCGCAAUACGAAAUUGAGAAGAUUAUCAACACCAGAACCAGGAGAGGAAAGGCGGAGGUGUUGGUGAAGUGGGUCGGAUAUCCGUGGACAAUGUGCUCGUGGAUUCCGCUGAGCAAUGUGCCAAGUGGAGAGCGCGAUUUUGCCGUAAGUCUUUUGUUUUUCUUUUGGAAUUUAGGCGCAAUAUUGUAGUAGAGAGAGGUGGUCCAAAAAACCUGAUGUUAUCGAUUUUUCUUCGAUCCGUUCCGACGGUUUCGGGUAUGAAAAGAGAGAUUAUGAAUUUCUACAUCUACUGGAACUGUUUUUGACGUUGGAUGUUGUUGUAGAUUUGGUAAUCUGGAGCAAUUUUUCAGUUGCAUGAGUUCAGACGUCGACUUGUUAUCGCGGCCCGAAUCAAAUCCCUCAUCUUUGACGAGCACAAAAAACGCGCCCAAUUCAUGGCCCGAAAGCAGAUCCAUCUGGAUCCGCGAAUUGUCGAAGACGUCUUCCAUCGCUACCAACAUCCCUACGUCCCUCUCUACGGGAAUCCCGAAGCCAACUUGCUGUUCCAACGUCGCUGCAUGAAAUGGGAGACGGAAAUGAACCUGAUCAACCUGUCCAAAGGCAUCGCCCCGCUCUACGUGGAGAACUGGGUGGACGACGAGGCGGCGCCGGACGAUUUCUUCUUCUGCACGGAGUACAUUUACCACACAUCCGCCGAAGGCAUCGUCCAGUCGAACAUGAGCAACAAACGGUGCGACAAACAGCGGCAUUGCUGCAAGAAUUUCCUCAACAAACAACGAUAUUUGCACCCCAACUUCUUCGAGCAUCAUCUGUACGAGUGCACGCCCAGAUGCGAGUGCGGGCCGAAGUGCAGAAAUCGAGUCACUCAGGUGGGAUGGAUAAUAUAAAUUUUGGUGGAUUUUGGGAAAAUUGUUGGUGGAAUUGAACUGAUAUAGCAAGUUGAAGGUGUAUUAGUCCCCAAAAUGAGGCUUAGAGAAGUUUAGGCUGUCUGGGAAAAGAGUAGACAGCAGAAGUUUUGCCUAGUAUAAUAUAGAGAUGACUUUAUUUUUAAUGAUUUUUUGGAAAGAUGAUAGAAGAAAUGGUGGUAUUAUGGCAAAGAAAGGCUUUAGAGACCUUCAUGAGGUUUGAAAAUGCAUCAGUGAGUCAGAAAUUGACCUAGUGUAAUAUAGAGAAAAUGCAAUUUUUUGAUGAUUUUUGGUAAUAAUAGUGGCGAAAUGAAACCAAUAUGAGACGUGGAGAAUAUGAAAAGGCAAAAAAUGUGGUCUAGAGUUUUUUUCGAGAGGUUUUUGGAAUGUCAAGGAGGGCAAAAGUUGACCUAGUAUAAUAUAAAGAAAAGCUUGAAAAUUUAUGAAAUAAUCUCCGUAGACGGCUGUUAUAACCUCUAGAACUAAUAUAACUGAAAAAUAAUAUUUUUAUUAUAUUGAUUUAUGGUAAAAAAAUAAAAAUUUUUAAAAAUUUCCCAAAAUUUACAAUUUUGUAUUUUUUAAAAUUUUUUUUGUCAAUUAUAAUAUAAUAUGCUUCCAGAAAGGGCGUCAAGUCCCGCUGGUCCUGUUCCGCACCGUGGAGCGCGGCUGGAGUGUUCGCGCCGCCGUCGACAUGCCCCGCGGCACAUUUGUCUCCGAAUAUUUUGGCGAAAUCAUCAGCCCCGAGGAAGCGAAGAACCGCGAAAUCAGCAGCUACAUGUUCGACAUCCACUUUGUCAUUGUGCUGGAAGGCGAGAAGAAGAAGCCGAAGAAGCGAAGAAGAAGAGGAAAGAAGAAGGGAAAGGGACGGAAGAAGGGCAAGGAUGGAAAUGCCGAAAUGGACAAGAAGAAUGAAGCAGAACCUCAAGAAGAGAGCCAAGAAAUUCUGGAAAAGCAGGCAGCAGAAGAGGAUAUGGAUGUUCAGAUCAUUGAAGAGGGAAAUCAGCCAACAAGAGAAGGUUCUUGUGACUGUUUGAAGGAGAUUGGUGAGUUUUUUUGGGGAUUUUUGAUGGAAUUUUGAUUUUUUUUGGGAUUUUUGAUGGAAUUUUGAUUUUUUUUCGGGGGAUUUUUAUGGAAUUUGAUUUUUUUUUGGGAUUUUUGAUGAAAUUUUGAUUUUUUUUUUGGAUUUUUGAUGAAAUUUUGAUUUUUUUUGGAUUUUUUGAUGGAAUUUGAUUUUUUUUUGGGAUUUUUGAUGGAAUAUGCAUUUUUUUGGGAUUUUUGAUGAAAUUUUGAUUUUUUUUGGUAUUUUUGAUGGAAUUUUGAUUUUUUUGGGGAUUCUUGAUGGUUUUAUUGAAUGAAAAGGUAGUUCAGAUAUUCAUUGUUGUGUAUGGAUGAAAUUGGAAGCUAGGUAAAUGAGAGAUCAGGCAAAAACAUAAAAUUUUACGGAAAAUUUUGAGAUUUCUUGGGGUUUUGACCAAAUUUUGAUUUUAUUUGGGAUUAAUGGUGGUUUUUAUUGAAUGAAAAAGUAUCCCAGGUACUCCUUGUUAAGUAUGGGUUAAAUUGCCAGUUCAAAGGAAUGAAGGUUACGGCAAAAAUUGCUGAUUUUUGAUAGGUUUUGAGUAUUGAUUGCCCAUUUUUUCUUUCUUUUAGCAUCAGCCAGCUAAUUUAUAAAUUUUAGAUGAUCCAGAGAUUGCCAAGCCAUUCGAUGUCAACCCGUUGGUCGCAAACAAUACGACAGAUCCUCUGCAAAUGGAGAUGAGUGAGGAUUCCAAGUCCACUGUCUCCACUAUCAUUGACGUCGUCACUGUUUCGGACGACCAGAACAACGAAAAAACCUCUCCACAAGGUCUGGUCGCCUAUUCCAUCAGCUCUGAUUCGGCGAAUGAGAAGGACGAAGAGCCAAGAAUUGAUGAUAAAGUCGACGAGAACUGUGGAUUUGAACCUGAGUUAGUCGAAGAUGAUCAGAUGGAUGUUGAUAAAGAAAAGGACGAAGAAACCGCUGAAGGCCAUAUUAAUUGUAAGCUUUUUUGAGGGAAUUCGAGAAAAUAAUUGCUAAUUUUCAGCGUCGAUGAACAGCACCGCCGACUCGGGCGUCCCCGACCUUGUAAUCGACGCCAAGACCUUCGGAAAUGAAGCAAGGUUUUUCAACAACUCCUGCGAUCCAAAUAUGAUGGCUUUCCGCGUCUACAGUAACCCAUAUGACUCUAGAAUCUUCCGGAUUUGCUUCUUCACCACCAAGGAUGUCCGCAGAGGUAGGCUUGUCUUCAUUCAGUAGUGACAUUUUAUACGAUGAGAAAUGUUUCGUCGUAUAAAAUGUCAAUUGGGGUUUUAAAAAGUGGAAAAUACCUCAAAUCGUGUCAACCAAGCUUUUUAGAGAUAUUGUUAGAAAUGAGGACAUUUUAUACUAUGAAACAUGUUUGGUCGUAAAAAAUGUGUAUAAUUUUUCGGUCAUAUCUUUGAACGUUUUGCUUGGAAAAAGUCGAUUUUUUUGCAAAGAAGCAAAGCAUUCAAAGAUAUAACCAAAAAAUUAUAGACAUUUUAUACGACCAAACAUGUUUCAUAGUAUAAGAUGUCCUCUUUUCUAACAAAAUCUCUAAAAAGCUUGGUUGACACGGUUUGAGGUCCUUUUUCAUAAUUUUUGUAAAAAAAUUUCGAAAAUUCUAAUCAGUAUUUUAGGUGAAGAACUGACCUUCAACUACUACGUGGGCAAGUUGGACAACUUAAACAACUCCCAGUGGACGCUCAAUUGCCUCUGCAUGCAUACGGAUUGCGUCGGACGAAUCGGAUAA